CGAUAAUUGUUUUGGCGCGAAAGUGGAAGGGUAGUUUCGCGCGCUUUAUCGUUUCUGUCGUAAGCCGUUUUUUCGCUUUCUUGUUUGAUUAGAACAAUGUCUGGGUUUGACGAUCCUGGGGUGUAUUAUAGUGAUAGUUUUGGUGGUGAGCAGGUUGGUGAUGAUGGCCAAGCAAAGAAGUCCCAACUUAAGAAGCGAUUUCGAGAAUUCCUUCGACAGUAUCGUGUGGGCACCGAUCGUACUGGAUUCACUUUUAAGUACAGGGAUGAACUCAAACGCCACUACAAUCUGGGGCAGUACUGGAUUGAGGUCGAAAUGGAGGAUCUGGCCAGUUUUGAUGAGGACCUUGCAGACUAUCUUUUCAAGCAGCCCACUGAACACCUGCAGUUGCUGGAAGAUGCUGCUCAGGAGGUAGCAGAUGAGGUCACACGUCCUCGACCCCUAGGUGAAGAAACAAUCCAGGAAAUCCAGGUCAUGCUGCGAUCUGAUGCUAACCCUGCCAGCAUUCGCAGUCUGAAGUCGGAGCAAAUGUCUCACCUUGUAAAGAUCCCUGGUAUUAUUAUUGCUGCCACUGCUGUACGAGCAAAAGCCACAAAAAUCUCCAUCCAAUGUCGCAGCUGUCGAAAUACAAUUGGCAACAUCUCUGUACGGCCUGGUUUAGAAGGUUAUGCUUUGCCACGGAAGUGUAACACUGAGCAGGCUGGACGUCCAAAAUGUCCACUGGAUCCUUAUUACAUCAUUCCAGACAAGUGCAAGUGUGUGGACUUUCAGACAUUAAAGUUGCAGGAAUCCCCAGAUGCUGUGCCCCAUGGCGAGCUGCCACGACACAUGCAGCUAUACUGUGACAGGUACCUUUGUGACAAGGUUGUUCCGGGGAACAGAGUCACUGUCAUGGGUAUUUACUCUAUUCGAAAGACCGGCAAGAUGUCCUCCAAGGGAAGAGACAGAGUAGGAGUAGGUAUUCGCAGUUCCUACAUACGUGUGGUUGGUAUCCAGGUGGAAACAGAAGGCACAGGGAGAAGUGCUGCUGGUAUUGUAACCCCUCAGGAGGAAGAAGCGUUCAGACAGUUGGCUUCAAAGCCUGACAUCUAUGAGACGAUUGCUAAGAGCAUUGCUCCUUCCAUUUAUGGGAGCAGCGACAUCAAAAAAGCCAUCGCGUGUCUGUUGUUUGGAGGGUCCCGCAAGAGACUUCCAGAUGGACUGACUCGUAGAGGGGAUAUUAACCUGUUAAUGCUUGGUGACCCUGGAACAGCAAAGUCCCAGCUGUUGAAAUUUGUGGAAAGGUGCUCUCCUAUUGGGGUUUAUACUUCAGGGAAAGGCAGUAGUGCAGCUGGUCUAACUGCUUCUGUCAUGAGGGAUCCUGUGUCCCGUAACUUCAUUAUGGAGGGCGGUGCUAUGGUGCUCGCAGAUGGAGGUGUAGUUUGCAUUGAUGAGUUUGAUAAGAUGCGUGAAGAUGACAGGGUUGCAAUACAUGAGGCGAUGGAACAGCAAACUAUAUCUAUUGCAAAAGCGGGCAUCACUACUACCUUGAACUCACGAUGUUCUGUGCUAGCAGCUGCCAACUCUGUGUAUGGGCGAUGGGAUGAUACAAAAGGGGAGGAGAACAUUGAUUUUAUGCCCACCAUCCUUUCUAGGUUUGAUAUGAUCUUCAUAGUAAAGGAUGAGCACAAUGAACAGAGAGACAUGACCCUGGCCAAGCACGUGAUGAAUGUACAUCUUAGUGCACGGACACAGACUCAUUCUGUGGAGGGAGAAAUUGAGCUUGCAACGUUAAAGAAAUACAUUGCGUAUUGUAGAACAAAAUGUGGCCCAAGGCUGUCUGCUGAAGCAGCAGAGAAGCUAAAAAACCGUUAUAUUCUCAUGCGUAGUGGUGCUCGGGAGCAUGAGAGAGAGAGUGAGAAGAGAUCCAGUAUUCCCAUCACAGUCAGGCAAUUGGAAGCAAUUGUAAGAAUCUCAGAAUCUCUCAGUAAGAUGAAACUGCAGCCAUUUGCCACUGAGGUGGAUGUUGAGGAGGCACUGCGUCUGUUCCAGGUGUCCACAUUGGAUGCUGCCAUGUCAGGAAACCUUUCUGGUGUGGAAGGAUUCACUACUCAAGAAGACCAAGAGAUGCUGUCGCGCAUUGAGAAGCAGCUGAAGAGGAGAUUUGCUAUAGGGUCCCAGGUGUCUGAGCACAGCAUUAUCCAGGAUUUUCUAAAACAGAAAUAUCCUGAACAUGCAAUUCACAAAGUACUACACCUAAUGAUGAGACGUGGAGAAAUACAACACCGUUUACAACGCAAAGUCCUUUAUCGGAUAAAGUAGUACUCGGACAGCAAGCCAUACACAAUUUAGUUGUAACUUUACGAUAUUUCUUGUGUAUUGAGUAUUUUGCAGUUUAACCCUUAUGGGAAGCAGCCUGACCAAAUUAGUUUUUAGCAGCAGAUUGUGCAUCUACACUGUAGUUCUUUUGUAGAGACCACUGCUACUUAUUCAGAUGGAAAAUUAAUCUACAGCACUAGAUGGAAUCAGUGCAUCCAUAAUCUCUAGCUUGUAAAAGGGGUUUUUGUCUGUAUUGUAUAGGUCCAAAUGGUAUACUCGGACUAUAUGACAAAGCAAACUGCAUAGCUAAUUUUUCAAUAUUUUGUGAUAAAACGGCAAGCUCCUAUAAGAAAUGUUACAAAACUACAGGUGGCCUGUAAUGUUUCUGGUUAUGAACUAAGUAUUGUACUGUAAUUUUCUGAAUAAAUGCAGCAUUCAAAAUGUC